AUGCCGUCGCGCAACGCUGCGGCGGUACAGCGCCAUUUAGAGCACCGGCCGCUGCGCAUCGCAUUUGUGCACCCUGACCUGGGCCUGGGCGGCGCCGAGCGCCUCGUCGUGGACGCUGCCGCCGAGCUCGCGGCGCGCGGCCAUGUGGUCGACAUGUACACCGCGUACUACGACCCCAACCGCUGCUUCGACGAGACCCGCACCGGCGCCUUCUCCGUCCUUGUCGCGGGCGGCUGGUUCCCGCGCCACGUGCUCGGCCGCCUGCACGCGCUCUGCGCCGUCGUCCGCUGCGCGCUCGCCGCGCUCUACGUCGCGUGGCGCGUCUACGCAGGCGCGGCGCCGCCCUAUGACGUAGUCAUCGUCGACCAGGUCGCCGCGACGGUGCCUGUCCUCAAGUUCCUCCUCACCAACAGCCGCGUCCUUUUCUACUGCCACUUCCCGGAUCUGCUGCUCACCCACCGCGCCUCCCUCCUCAAGUCCCUCUACCGCGCGCCGCUCGACGCGCUCGAGCAGUGGUCGACGGGCUCGUCCGACCUGAUCCUCGUCAACAGCCGCUUCACCGCCGGCGUGUUCGCAGCUACCUUUGAGCGCAUCGCCGCGCGCGGCGUCGCGCCGGCGGUGCUGCACCCCGCGGUGGUCGUGCCGCCCGAGGCGCAGCUGCAGGAGGCGGCGGGCGCGUGGGAGGGGGAGCUGGAGGGAGAGCUGGUAGAGCUCAUACGCGGCGGGCCGGCCUUCCUAUCUAUUAAUAGGUGCGCGGCGGGCCGCCGGCGGCGCUCGGGUGCCGAGGGAGUUGCUGAGGCGGCGCUUGAGGGCAGGCCGGCCGACGCGACCGGCGCGCGCAAGUCUGCGGCGCGCCGCCAGCUUCGAGGCCGGGCAGGGUGA